AUGGCUGACCAAGGUUACGAAAUACAACCUAUUCAACCUGGAGAUACGGAGGAAUCUCUGCAGUUACUGCGACAGACGUUUUUCAUCGACGAACCUAUGAACCAAGCAGUUGGAUUAUGCAGUGACGGUACCUGUGCUGAGCUUGAAGAGUACUGCGCACACUACCUACAUGAAGACGGGUGGUCCUUCAAAGCAGUCGACAAAAAUGGCAAAAUCGUCGGACUAAUGGUCAGCGGAAUGUGUAUUUUGAAGCAAAAAGAUGACGGCAGCGACUACGUAAGCCAAGCUCAACAGUGCAAAAACCCAAAAUUCGCAAAGAUUCUAUACGUGUUAGCACAAAGAGAGGAAGGUGCUAAACUUUGGGAGAAGUUCCCUGAUGAGGAUGAGGUUCUUGAUGUGAAGCUUGCAGCCACGGACCCCAACUGGAGGAAGCGAGGCAUCAUGAACAAUUUAUUAGAUGCUACAGAGAAGCUGGCCAAACAACGUGGUUUCAAAGUACUUCGCAUGGACACAUCGAGUGCCUUCUCAGCAAUGUCUGCGGAGAAGUUGGGUUUCACUUGCAUGUACUCGGCUCCUUACACUGAGAUCAAGAUGGAUGGCAAACCUUUAAUAGUUCCUGAACCUCCUCACGUCGACGACAGAGUUUAUACCAAAGUUCUAUUAUAA